AGAACGCUCCACUACUUAUUCACAACGACUUUUCAUAUAUUAUUGAUCGAAGAAAUGAUGAAAAAAUAUUUUGGAAGUGCGAACAUGCGAGAAAAUAUGCCUGCCACGGACGAUUACAUACAGAUUUAAGCAAUGUAUUCAUUAAGACUGUUGGUGAUCAUGAAAACCACACUGGAAAUCCACGUUCUGGACUAAUUCGGCAGUACUAUGAACGAUUACAAGGGGAAUCACAACAGAAUCAAACAAAUCCUCAUAAUAUUUUAACACAAACAAAUAUCGGUGUUCCGGAUGAAGUGCAUAUUCAGCUACCAAGCAAUGAAAAUUUGAAACGAAACAUCCGUCGUUGGCGACAAGAAGAUAACGCUGUAUCCACACCAACAAACAUCAACUUUCCAAUUAUUCCAAAUAAAUAUCAUCGAACAACACGUGAUACAAUAUUUUUCCGUAUAGAUACUGGCCCUGGUUCAAAUCGCUUAUUAAUAUUUUUUACCGACGAGCAACAGAAUAUAAUGGAAAAUGCAACGCUUAUUAUGGUUGCCAUUUCAAAAACAUUAUAUUUUACGUUAUCGGUCGUUACCAUUGUGGUCCUUUGCUACUGGGAUCCAAAAAGGGAAGAAAGUGAUCCACGUCACGAACAAAGCAGUCCAGGUCAUGAACAAAACAGCCCAGGUCAUGAAGAAAGUGGCGGAUGUUGUGUUCAACAGUUGUCCAUGUUAUAG